CAGACCUCAGACUGAUGAUGAUGAUGAUCAUGAUGAUAAUGAUGAUGAUGAUGAUGAUGAUGAUGAUGAUCAUGAUGAUGAUGAUGAUGUGGAUCACAGUCGUUUCUACACAGAACAGUGAUGUCUCUCAGCCUGACCCAUGGAUCUCUGCUGGUGUUGGUGAUAACGUGACUCUGAGCUGCUUUAAGCUGAACGACGAUAACUCUGGAUCUGUCGUUUGGUACAAACAAAAAGUCGGACACGAGCCUCGCAUAAUAGUCACAGUUCAACAUGAUCCCAUUUAUCAAAAUGAGUUCGAACCACCAAAAUUCAGCAUCGAGAAAACUAAAAAAAGCUGCCAUUUAAAAAUCGCUAACGUGGAACCAUCAGAUGAAGCCGUGUAUUACUGUGGAUACAGAAUAUUUUUAACGAAGAUUGGAAAUGGAACAUUUUUAUCAGUCAAAGGUACUGAAGAUGUAAAAGUGAGUGUGAGGCAGAGCGGCGUGUUGGACUCGGUUCCUGCAGGAGCCUCAGUGACUCUGCAGUGCUCGGUUCUCUCUGAGAGCAGAGCAGCAGAACUCCAAGUGCUCUGGUUCAGAGCUGCUCCACCACAAUCCCAUCCUCAAAUCAUUUACACUCAUCACAACAGCAGCCAUCAGUGUGAGAGCGACUCUUCUACACACACCUGUGUGUACAACUUCUCCAAGAACAUCCUCAGCCUCAACGAUACUGGAACUUACUACUGCGCUGUGCUCCUGUGCGGGAAGAUCAUCUUCGGGAACGGGACACGUAUACAGAUGGGUAAGAACACGUUCAUUGUAUGUAACUGUAGUUUGUAUCUGUUUGCUUGUAAAUAUUUAAAAUAUCUCCACGGUUCUACAUAG